GAACUCAAAGUGACUUCCAAUUUGAUCAAGAAACAGAAUUUCAGAAACCAUUCAAAGUGAAAUGGGCUAUAGCCUUUCUCUCAAACUAUAACAUCAAUCUAUCAUCUCAUCAAACCACCUUAUCGUUUCAUCCAUCAAAUCUAUCAUCAAAAACUCAUUUCAUCAAGAUCAUUUGUGACUUCAAACGUUUCAGGAAACGUUCGAUCUGAACCUCAGCUUCACGAUAAUCUAUCAUCUCAAAUCGACUCAGUGCUCUAGAAAAGCCAGAUGGGCUUCCAACACCGUGAAUACCUUUCAGGUUCAAGAGUCUUUGGAUGUAGCACAUGUCGUACUCAUUUAGCUACAACCGAUAACAUGAUCUCACGUCAAUUCAAUGGUCAACACGGACGAGCUUAUCUAUUCGAAACAGCUGUGAAUAUCAAAUUAGGAGAAGCUGAAGAUCGACCGAUGACCACUGGUUUACAUACCGUUCGUGAUAUUUAUUGUAUCAAGUGUGGUGCAACGAUUGGAUGGAAGUAUGAUAAAGCUUACGAACCUACACAAAAGUAUAAGGAAGGAAAGGUGAUCUUAGAGAAAGCUUUAUUGGUCGAUGUACAUUGAUUGGGUCGGUCAAAGUUGAUUAAGAGAUUCUUGAACUUGGUCACCCUGUUGGCUGUUGAACUUGUUAAAACGAUUCAUUCAUCAGUAGUGUUAGUGACAAGCCAUACGGUUUACAAGUUUUCUUUCAAUUCCUUUUUGACUUUUAGUUUCCUGUUUCGAUUGUAUCAAUU